UCCAAUUCACUUUAUUACUUGCCAUGGCAGAGGAAAGGGACCAGACUGGAGCCUCCUGGGGGGACCUGCCACAACCUGAUGAAUAUCCUGAACCACAUCUGGAGGACGGAGCUGUGCUGAAUGGAGAGGCGAAGGAGAAACCCACCAAACAUGAGCCAGUAAAAUGCAAGCUCAACCUACUGCAGAUGCUAAAGGCCACAGAGAGCUGGAGCCCACCUCAGAGUCGGGACAGAUAUGGGGCAGAGAAGUCUGAGGUUGGAACAGGAGAGUUGGUGCCUGAAGCUCUGAAGACGGGCAUGCAAAUACAGUUCACUGAACAGAAGCCAAAAUUCAACAAACAUUCUGCCAACACCAGUUGUCGCUCUCCGGCUGGUUCCAUCUCACAGUCUAUAGAUAGCUACAGUUCAGUGUGCAGUGAAAGCGAGGAUGAGUCCUCUCCCAGAGACAAGCCUCAGAAGACCUCCAAAGGCCUUUCUGACUUCUGCAUCAAAAACAUAAAACAGGCUGAAUUUGGACGCAGAGAAAUAGAAGCCGCACAGCAAGAAAUGCCAGCACUGAUGGUCCUGAGGAAAAGAGCAUGUGGGGAGAAACCUCUUGCUGGUGCCAAAGUGAUGGGCUGCACACACGUCACUUCACAGACAGCGGUGUUGAUUGAGACUCUGUCUGUGUUGGGGGCUCAGUGUCGCUGGGCGGCCUGUAACAUCUUCUCCACUCAGAACACUGUGGCUGCUGCUCUGGCUGAAAGAGGCACUUCAGUGUUUGCGUGGAGAGGAGAAUCAGAGGAAGACUUCUGGUGGUGUAUUGACCGAUGUGUCGGUGCUGAGACCUGGCAGCCCAACAUGAUUCUGGAUGAUGGAGGGGACCUGACCCACUGGAUCUAUAAGAAGCACCCAGACCUGUUCAAGAAGAUCAUAGGCAUCGUGGAGGAAAGUGUGACAGGCAUCUAUCGGUUAUACCAGCUAUCAAAGGCAGGCAAGCUGUGUGUCCCAGCCAUGAACGUUAACGACUCGGUGACCAAGCAGAAAUUUGAAAACCUUUACUGCUGCAAGGAGUCCAUACUGGAUGGGUUGAAGAGAACCACUGACAUCAUGUUUGGAGGAAAACAGGUGGUGGUGUGCGGCUAUGGGGAGGUUGGCAAAGGUUGCUGUGCUGCCCUGAAAGCAUUGAGUGCUGUCGUAUAUGUCACAGAAGUGGAUCCCAUUUGUGCCGUUCAGGCCUGCAUGGAUGGCUUCAGAGUGAUUCAGUUGAGGGAAGUGGUCAGACAGGCAGACAUGGUCAUCACCUGCACAGGCAAUAAAAACGUGGUAGAGAGGGAACAUCUGGACAGAAUGAAGAGCGGCUGCAUCGUCUGCAACAUGGGACACUGCAGCACCGAGAUUGAUUUGUUGAGUCUGCGGACUGCAGAGCUGAGGUGGGAGCGUGUGAAGCCUAAGGUGGACCAUGUUAUCUGGCCUGACGGCAAGAGAAUCGUCCUGUUGGCCGAGGGCCGUUUGUUAAAUCUGAGCUGCUCCACGGUGCCCUUAUUUGUCAUCUCCGUCACCGCAACAACUCAGGCUCUGGCUCUCAUAGAGCUGUACAGUGCUCCAGAAGGACGUUACAAACAGGACGUCUACCUGCUGCCAAAGAAGAUGGAUGAAUAUGUGGCCAGUCUUCACCUGCAGACAUUUGACGCUCACCUCACAGAGCUGACUGAUGAACAGACCAAGUACCUGGGCAUCAGCAAACACGGACCCUUCAAAUCCAACUACUACAAGUAUUAAUCCUCUGGACAUAAAGCCGAAGCAGAAGUUCUUCAGAUGUUCUUUUGUGGAUUUGAUGUUGAAAAUAACCCCCACAGUCCUACAGACAGAGCACUGUCGCCCUCUACAGUCUCAAUCGUACCCACACUCAAUAUUGUUUAGAGACAGUGGACUUUUACUCGUUCACUGAUUUUUUUGUGUACUUACGUGUAUCUGUUUUAUGUGUUACACUUUUCCUGGUUAUAAUAUAAAUAUAUGUUCACAGUAACCAGAAUGUAAUCACAGUAAAUUCUUAAUUGAAACUAAAAGAGUAUAAAAUCAAGAGAAACCCAAAAUGUUGAAUGGGAGUUAUUUAUUCUUCUGCUUGAAAUAAUAACAACACCAUUUAUAAAUUGGAGCAGCAAUCAGUAAAGUAUAUUUAACCGACCACAUAUAACGACUGUUAACAGUUCACACCUUAUGUGAUCAACAGUCUUUGUCAACUGAAUAUCUGCUGAUUAUCAGUGAGGGAACACAUUUAAAUAGUUUCAUGUCUCGUGCCCUAUACUCCUGAUUUAUAUCUAACAUUACCACAUUUACCUUAACUUCAUGAAAGGAAUGCUAAAAGUUGACAUAUUUUCAUUGGCUUAAUGCUCUCAAAGAUAAUUGUAGUUAAGCACGCAUAAGAUAUCUUAAUAACAAGAACAGAUUUCCCUGCUUCUCUGUCUCACAAAAAUUAGUUAACUUAACGUUUUCUUGUUGACGUUAGAACAGCAUGAACAGUAUUUUAUUUUGUUUAAUGUCUAUGCUCACAUCUGUGCUCAUACAACCCCCAUACAUACAAGGUGUCCCUAUAUAUUUUUUAUUAAACUCUAAAUUGCAAUCAAAAAACAAUGACUGAUGGUAAUGCUAAUAAGCUCGACCUGCAGGUUGGAAGCAGCUCACUCAGCAGCUCUACAAAGACUGCACAGCCUCAUAAGUGACUGUUGCCCCACUAGAGGGCGGAAGAGCACUGUUGUCUUUGGGUGAUACUCACCAUGAGUAUAAUUGCUUAUAUUUCUGUCAUUUUAAGGCUUCGGUAUUUAUCCUGUUAAAAAUAUUUAGCACCGGCAUACUUUUGUACGUAGCAAGAAAGACCAUUCUCAAGUUCUGGAUAUCUAAGAACACCCCCUACACUGGACGAUUGGUAUAGGGAAGUCUUGGAAAUACUCCCAUUGGAAAAAGUGACUCAUACCCUGCAUGACAAUUUCGAGGGAUUCAUCAAGAUAUGGCAACCAGUUCUGGCCAUGGUGGACCCCUCUGGACUGAACUUUGUCUCACCCAACUAACAACAUAGGAUCUGACUACAGCCUGUUCUAGCAAUUUGAAUAUAACUAGGCCUGCACGGUGGUGUGUGUCUGUCUUUUCAUUAUUUUUUAGGUUAUUUUAUCAUUAUUUUAGGGGUAUGUCUCACUUUGUCUUUUUUUUUUUUUCAUGGAAAAUGUGGUUCUAUACAUAACUGGAACGGAAAUGUGUAUAUUGAAUACCAGAA